UUUGACUGCGCAUGCGUGCCGGUUGCUACUCUACAUUUUUCUGUAUAUGUGGCGGAGGGGGCGUGGGUGAAGUUUCAGUAAAUUUCUGAAGAAGCAGCAUGGGGUCAUUACUUUUGCUAUUUGUUUUGAGCGUAGCGUGUCCUGCAACAUGGGCUGAGGACGAGCGGAUUCCUAACAAGUGCGAAGUGUGCAAGUACUUGACAGCUGAACUGCAGUCUGCUUUGACAAAGACUAGCCGCUCAAAAGAGGUCCUCGAGCUCGGAGAGGUGCUGGACUCUGGGAAUCGCAAGCGCAAAAUCAAGUACAAUACCUCGGAGACUCGUCUUGCAGAAGCCAUUGACAACAUAUGCCAGGGGAUCCUUGAGUACAGUGUUCAUGCAGAAAGACCAGGCAGCUUGCGGUAUGCCAAGGGCACCAGUGAAACAAUGGCCACUCUGAAGAAUUUGGUACACAAAGGUGUAAAGGUGGACCUUGGAAUUCCCUAUGAGUUGUGGGACGAGCCAUCUGUUGAAGUGUCUGACAUGAAGAAGCAGUGUGAAACAAUGCUGGAAAUCUACGAGGAAGUGGUAGAGGACUGGUACUUUAACCACCAAGACCAGUGCCUGGAGGCAUUUCUCUGUCAGAAGCAUGUUCUAAAGAAUAGUGACCAGGAGUGUCUAAAAGAGGUAUGGAAGGGUGACCCUGGGAAAAAAGAAGAACAAAGUAAACCACAGAAAAACUCAGAAGGAGCAUCAAAAGAGCUAGAAGAAGAAAGUAUGGCAGAUAAUCUCCGAAGUAUGGGGGAAUUGUGAUGGCAAGAAAUGGUACUAAUGACAUGAAUUCUCUUGGAGUUUUGAUGAACUACGGCAGCACUGGUCUAAGAAUAGCAUGUGUUUUGUUGUGCUACCUUUCUUAUUAUAGUGUUAGCCAUAUUCCUUACCUGUUAUAUACCCUCAAUGGCCAAGUGACUCAAAUCUGAGGGUUUUUUUUUUUCUUUCAAAUUUCAUACAUUUAUUCACUUCUUCAUAAAUUACCUUCCUGAAUUCCGGUUUACCCAUGCAACUAAAGCUUCCUGAUCAUUGUUGUUUUCCAUACAGACUAGGGUGUUCCAGGAGUUCAGUGAUGGCAGGAUGCCCAUAGCAGAGGUUGUUACGGUCACUGUGGAUGUUCAUUAUCUCUACAAGUCGUCACCCCAUGGUCGCAGUGAUUCAUGUAGUGUGCAACAUAUUGUAUAAAACAUGAAUGCAGUGCAUGCGAUGGCUUGUAAUUAUCAUCCUCCGUAUUUCCCCAUUGUCGAGAAGUCUCAUUCAGUUGUUCAUACAGCUAACACAUGCUUUGUCAAUAUGUUCUUGGAGAACUAAAUUGGCAGUUCAACUGUUCAUUGAUCGUCAUAAUCCAAGCCUUUCCAGGCCAAUUUUGCAAUCUCUAAUUAUUAUUAUUAUUAUUAUUAUUAUAUAUAUAUAUAUAUAUAUAUAUAUAUAAAAUACUAAUGGAGUAGGUUAUUAUUGCUUUAUUGUAUGCUGAGAAGCAGACAAAAAUUAAUUCACUGCUCCGGUUCUUAGGUGCUAUUUUGUAUUCUGUUUUAUGUUUAGUCUAAGGCUAAUAAAAAACAUUUUUUGCACUCUGGUUAAAGUGUUACACACAAUUGGAUUGUGACCUUGCAUUUAGCUAGUAAAAUCUGUUUUAAAAUAAAAGUUUUUUUUUCUGAUAAA